AUGAUUGAAGCUCACAUCGAACACCGUAACUUCCUUCAACAUCCCGAUCUCCGCGGGCAAACAGCCCGUGAGGUUAUCAUUCAUCAGAAUAAUCUCAUUACAGCGUCUUCCCCAUCUUCCCGAUGCUCCCCGGGAUACAACCGCCGAGGUCGUUGUUCGCGGAAAACGAGCACCGAAACCGGCGAGUUCCCGAGAUUCUUCGGGAUCCCGAACCGGAAUCGAUUAUCGUUCAGAAACAGAGCAUCCAGCGGCUUAUCAAAGAGCUCGGAAGGAACGGAGCCUUCGAAAUCGGUUGAAUCUCAGAUCCAGAAAUUUCAACGAAGGGAGGGAGAUCACGACGGUGGGGAACUCCCCGACGAACCGAUUGUUGCUGAUGUCGAGCUCGUGGAGGAGCUUGAGCUUGCGGAACGAUUUGGGGACGAUGCCGCAGAACCGAUUGGAGUUGAUGUGGAAGAGGGCCAGAUCUGUGAGGAGGCCGAGCUCGGAGGGGAGGUACCCGGCGAUGUCGGCGUGGUUGAGGUCGAUGCCGGCGACGACGCGGAGCUUGGGGUUGGUCAGCGAAGGGGCGCAGAAGACGCCGGAGUAGGAGCAGACGGCGGGGCCGGUCCAGUUGGCGGUGAAGUUGAAAGGGUCGGAGUAGAUGGCCUGCUUCCAUGA